AUGCAUCCCCAGCGCAAGGAUGGCUUGUGGGGUGCAUGGACCCAGUGGUCCAAAUGCUCGGCCACCUGCGGCGGCGCCUUCCGCGUGCGCCACCGCGACGUCAUGCAGCGGCCAAACACAUGCGGGAAGCCAGCCAUAGGCCUUGAGGACGAGUACCACAUGUGCCAUGACGUCGUCUCCUGCACCCCCAGCGAAGAAGAUUGCGAGCUUGCCGAGUGGGCCGAGUGGCCUCUUGCCUGUGUUCAUGAAGUCCAGCUACUGUCGGCUUGCAGCUGCGACUGCUUCGGCGUGAAGGAGAGGCAUCGGCGCAUCCUCAGGUUCGCCACGGGCGACGGCAAGUCCUGCGGUGCUGUCGCCGACGAAGAAGUGACCCUGGCUCAACAUCCCGGUCUAAAGUGUACCUCAGGCUAUGCUCGCCGCCUCGUCAACUUUGAGGGCUUCGCUGCUCUCGAGGAGAUCUCGGCAUGCAACCCUCUCGCAGGCGAUAUGCCUCCGCCGCACUGCGGGCCGCUUCCCAAGCGCCCGUGUGACUUCUCCCCGUGGGGUGAGUGGGGAGAGUGCAGCGCGACAUGCGAUGGCGGAAUGCAGGAGCGUGCCAGACACAUCCGAACCCCAAACUCCCACGAUGGCGCGCCAUGCGAGGGCCCGCUGGCGCAGAUCCAAGGAUGCGGCUUCGGCGACUGCGUCCAGCGCGUUUGCAAGGACUGCGACUCGGCGCAAGCGAGAAGGGCCAGAGUUUGCAAAGCUUGCCCCGGGAGCUAA